CCUUUUACCAUGGAGGGCCUGUUCUUUAAUGUUAACGGCGGAUAUAUCGAGGGCGUUGUCCGAGGGUACCGGAACAGUCUCCUUACCGGCCAGCAUUAUGGGAAUUUGGCACAAUGCGAGAAUAUAGAUGAUGUCAAGCUUCAACUGGCACCCGCCUACGGUGACUUCCUUGCUUCUCUCCCGCCUAACCCUUCCACCUCCUCUCUGGCCGGCAAGAUGACCGACAAGCUUGUCGCGGAAUUUCGCUAUCUCCAAGCCCAAGCUACAGGUUCGAUUGCCAAGUUUUUGUCCUAUUUGACAUACGGGUACAUGAUCGACAACAUUGCGCUUCUUAUCACUGGCACUCUGCAUGAGCGUGAUACGCGAGAACUUCUGGACCGAUGCCAUCCCUUGGGUUGGUUCGAAACCAUGCCGGUGCUCUGCGUCGCAACGAAUAUCGAAGAACUAUAUAACUCCGUUUUGAUCGAAACGCCUUUAGCACCUUACUUCAAGGCCAGUCUUAGUCACCAGGAUCUGGACGAGUUGAACAUUGAAAUAGUCCGCAACACUCUCUACAAGAACUAUCUGGAGGACUUCUAUAAGUUUGUCAACAUGACCCCUGAGUUCAAGGGCACGCCCACUCAAGAGAUAAUGUCUGAGAUCUUGGAAUUCGAAGCGGAUCGACGGGCGAUCAACAUCACAAUCAACUCGUUCGGCACUGAGCUCUCAAAGCCGGAGCGGAGGAAGCUGUACCCCGAAUUUGGGAAGCUUUGGCCGGAAGGAUCUCUAAUGCUUUCUCGGGCCGAUGACAUUGAAGGAGUGAGUCUCGCAGUCAGCGCAGUUCCAGAGUACAAGGCUUUUUUUGAUGCUGUCGGUCUGAGCCAGGGUGGAGCUGGAGGAAUUGGCAGCGGGGGUGGAGCUGAGGGAAAGAGUUUGGAAGAUCUCUUUUACCAGAAGGAGAUGGAAUCCUCCAAGCUAGUAUUCACACGCCAAUUCACACCAGCUGUUAUAUAUGCCUGGGUGAAGUUGAAGGAGCAAGAAAUCCGGAAUAUCACCUGGAUCGCGGAAUGUAUUGCGCAAAACCAGAAGGAGAGAAUAGGAAACUACAUCUCCGUAUUCUGAAUAUCAUCUUUUCGUUUUUAUAUACAGUUAUCGUCUGCGCUUCUUUGUAUGAUCCAUCCUCUAUGCGUCUUUUCGACGACUGUUCCGUCCUUUUCAUUGACCGAGUACCCGCUUCCUUUUCUGACACCCGUAUUGAGUUGAGCGCAUUGGAACCCGUUUAAUAAUUUUUUUUGGCGUUUUUUGGAGAAUUCAAUUUCACCAGUCAGUUCAAUCAAUGUGAAAUAGAUGAAUGACCUCAAACUCAAACUGAAUGAGGGAAAUGAAAAGAGCAGAAAAACAGUAUG